AUGGGUCCUAUCCACAUGAAUGAGGUCCUGUGUCUGGGGACGGAGAAGUCUAUGUGGAACUGCGGCUUUAAGAACAUAACCUCAGAGGACUGCCAACAUGUAGAAGACGCCGCUGUGAGGUGCAACACGCCAUACAUGGCUCUGGAGAACUCGAUCCGCCUGACAGGGGGCCGUACGCGGUAUGAGGGGCGGGUGGAGGUGCUGAGCACAGAGGCUAACGGGACCAGGAGCUGGGGGCUGAUCUGUGGAGGGGCCUGGGGCACCAAGGAGGCCAUGGUGGCCUGCAGACAGCUGGGGCUAGGCUACGCUAACCACGGCCUGCAAGGACCUCAUGGCUAG